AUGCCGGUCCUGAAACACGGAAUACAACGACAUCAAAUUUUCGGAGUUCAUAAUCUCGACCUCACAGCUGCAGCGUGCAGGCUCAUGAAAUCUGACCGUAUCACCAUCGGGCAGUCGGCGUACCACAUUCUUUCCGCUUACUUUGGUGGUCAAGGGCGUCUAUCAAGUAAUGAAGCUGGAACAGACGAUAAUCGCGUACUUAAUAUCCUCCUUCUUGAUAUCAAUCGCGCCUGUUCUCGAAGAGACUAUUUUCUCAAUGGCCUCGCCGGGAGAUCCUGGUGGCUUGCUCAACAACAGAGACUCGGACGAGGUGGUUAUCCUCGGGACAGUCAUCAAGAAUGGAUAUACGUUGGGUUGGGGAGCGUAUGGCGGGAGAGAGUAGUUUUUUGGUCUUGUACGGCUUUAAGCCCUGCCGAAACGAGUUCCCAGCAGUCUCCACUCGCUCUGUCUAGUACCGCACUAUGA